AUGUUCAACUCUAGGUUCGUAGAAUUCGAGAUGACGAAGGUGGCUAUCAUUACGGGUGCAUCUUCUGGUAUCGGGCGUUCCAGUGCCAUCGCGCUGUCUGAGAAGGGAUGGACUCUUGUCCUGUUUGCGAGACGCCUCGACAACCUCCAGGAGACAAAGGCCAUGUGUGCCGAUCCGGAGAAAUGUCUGGUUAUCCAAGGUGAUGUCUCCAAGGAAGACGAAGUUGCAAAGCUCUUCCAGGAAACUGUUCAACGCUUCGGGCGGUUGGAUUUGCUGUUCAACAAUGCUGGCAUUAGUUCUAAGCCCAUCCCCAUAGAGGAAAUGUCCCUGUCACAUUUCCAGAAAAUCGUCGACGUUAACCUGAUCGGUACCUUCUUGUGCACACGCGAGGCUGUGAAGAUCUUCAAAUCGCAGACACCACAAGGGGGUCGCAUCAUCAACAACGGGUCGAUCUCCGCGUACACGCCCCGCCCAUAUUCCACUCCUUACACUGCCACGAAGCAUGCGGUGCUUGGUAUGACGAAGUCUACCUUGCUCGACGGUCGUAACUUCAACAUCACCUGCUCGCAGAUCGACAUUGGUAACGCGCAGACCGACAUGGCUGGUAGCCACUCUGAGGGCACACUACAGCCCAACGGGCAGGUGGUUCCCGAGCAAAUGAUGGACGUGAAGCACGUAGGCGACACAGUCGCCUACAUCGCGGGCCUCCCUCAUGGGGUCACUUUGCUCACCGUCAACAUAAUGUGA